UUUUAACUUCGUGAUUGUUUCGAUGGUGAUUCGAUUUAUCUGUUUACUUUUAGAAUUUAUUUUCACCUUGGUAACCGAAUUUUGGAAAAGAAAACAGAAAAUAAUCAAAGAGAAUUCAAGUUAUAGUGAUUAGAUUGUUUCUUUAGUAGAUUUGAUCGGUUGAUUUAUUGAGACAAUUUAUUCAGAUUGUUGAUUGUUAAUCAUGGAGGAAACUGGAGAUAAAGUGAAAAAGGAAUCAAAAAGAGACUUGGCUCGAGAAGCGAUGGAAAUGACCUCAGCUAACUUUCUGAUUUCGGUGAAAGGACAAGUGGUCAGUGGUCAUUUCCCUGGAAAAGAUAACAUUUAUUGUAAAUAUUGUUUCCUUUAUGGUGAAGAUUGGAUGAUAAUCAAUGGUAAUGAAGAGAGUUGUUCUCAAGUGUCGAUCAAAACUCGAGAUUCACGAUCAAUGUCCAUUUGGAAUUUAUCGAUUGAUGUUACCUUUAGAUCAUCGAAUCCAUUUAAAUGGCCGUUGAUCGUUUUAUCAGUUUAUGGAUAUGAUUCAUUUGGAAAUGAUGUUGUUCUUGGUUAUGGAUCGAUUCAUAUACCACCGAUUCCAGGUCAUCAUCAACGAGAAAUUCCAGCUUUCGUUCCUCAAUCGUCAUCGUUAUUCAAUUCAUUCUCUUCUUGGAUAUUUGGUAAACAAUCAGAAUUUAUCGAUAGUAAAAUCGUUGGACAAUCAGAGGAUCGAGGAGUAAUUAAAGUGAACACCAAAGGAGUAAUUAAAAUUGAAUUUGAUGUCAUUUGCAAAGAUUUUCAAAAAUAUGGUUACCGAUACAAGUGAUUAAGUUAAUUGUAACAAUCACUCUGAUCACAAUUAAUCCACUGUUACAAUUUCCUAUAAAGAUUAGAAAUACACUGGACGAUCUUUGUUUUUCACUUCGCUCGAUUAUGUUGACGAUUUUUUGUCAAAAUCUUUUCUUUAAGAUUCGCGCGAAAAAAAAAAAAAUUAUUUUCCUUUUCAUUCAAGUUCCAUUCAUUUGUAACAAAUGAUUUGCUUCUAGUGAAAUUUUCAUUCAUCUUUUCAAUUAAUUUGAUUAUUUAUCUUCAUUGGUGAUUAAUUUUGGAAUUAAAUUGAUUUUAAUUAUGUUCGUUUGUUCAUUGUCUUUGUGUUACAUGAGAGAUGAAAAAUUGAUUAGAAUGAAUUAUGUCAAUUAUGUUCCAUUUCUGUUUGGUCUUGUUACUUGAUUAAUGUUGUCAACAAAAAGAAAAAUUGGUUUUCUCUUUUCCUCCAAAUGGAUUUUACUUUACCGGGUAAUUUUGAUUCUUCAUUUAUUGACCUUCCAUCAAUUGAAAUUACAUUUACUGAGGUAUAAAUUUCAAUCAAGUACUAACAAUAGAGGGACCACAAUCUUCAUCUUUACUUGGAUUCAUUUGUCACCGAGAGGUUACUUCUUGGACCCGUUUUCAAGUUGAUUCGAUUUACCUUGAUGAAAGUACCCGAAUUGGUGACCAUAAAUCGAAGUGGACUCGCCCUUUUACAAAGCGAAUACGAGUUGAUACUUAGUUGGCUCUUAGAUAAUCCA